AUGGAGCUACAUCUUCAGUUGCGUGCUGAUGAGGGGACUCCCUUAUCUGAUCCGACAUGCUAUCGUCACUUAGUUGGGAGUCUGGUCUAUCUUACCCUCACUCGUCCAGACAUUGCUUAUGUUGUGCAUGUUUUGAGUCAGUUUGUUAGUGCACCUACUUAUGUUCACUAUGCCCAUCUUUUGAGGCUUUUGCGCUAUCUUCGGACGACUCCGUCUCGAGGCCUUCUUUUCUCUCAGCACAGUUCUCUGGAGCUUCGUUCUUAUUCUGAUGCUACUUGGGCUAGUGAUCCGUCUGAUCGUCGUUACUGGCUUCUGUUUGUUCUUGGGCUCUUCUCUCAUUGCUUGGAAGUCCAAGAAGCAAAGCUGAGUGUUUCGGUCUAG